UGAUACGCUUGACAAACCUUCGAGCAGGACCGCGACCGCAGCAAAGUUUUGUCUUCCCACACACUCUCGAGGUAUCGUUUGCAAUGCUACCGGUCAUGUAGGACAAUGACCACGCUGAACCUGCAACCAGACUCCUCCCUCCAGCAUGUUCACCUCCCGCCACCCCGAAGACCGGUUCCGCCUUCGCAUGCACCGUGCCCGCUCCGUCGACCUCACUAACGAAGAGCUCGUCGAAAUCCGCGCCGCACAACGCACCUUUGAAGGGGCCUACAUCCGCACGUCGCUCUCGCAGUUCUCCUUCGCCCUCGUGGUCCUCAAGAUCUUCACCUCGGAAUUCUACUCCAUCGGUGCGCUCUUCGCGGCGUACGCCGUCGGGCUGCUGCUAGUUAGUGCCUACCGCAGACAGCAAGGGAAUCGACAGUUCUUCAACGAGGUCGGGGAUGACGGGCUGGGCAGGAAGAAAUUCCGCACGAGUGGGAAUGUGGUUAUUGCGCUGACGGCACUGAGCAUUGCGGCGUACGUGAGUCUGCUUGUCUUGACCUUGAAGCUGGAGACAUGAUACAAUACUACAAUGGCGGCAAGCCAUGAUACAUCCGGUGAUGAUAACGAGAGAGCCUAUGCGAUGAUGCUCAGCCAUAAGAGACCGAGCUAGACUCGACCCAAGGACGAGAUGAAAUAUGAGGCAACAGCCCGUGAUUGGGCUCUCAUUGCUCUGGUCGACAACCUCCUCGGCUCAAACAUAUACAACCACCCAGAAACCACGCGGAAAAUGAGCUUUGGUAAAGCUGUUCGCUUAGGCACGUCGUCGACGUCUGCACGGGCUACUUAGGAAGCACACGGACGCAUCGAAUGUGGCAGUUUCGACGGUUCAGAACCCUCCAUGUUACAGUGUUGCAGAGAAACAGCUGGAAAUAUGGCCUCAGCUGGGAACGGGCAUGCCGUUAUACUGUGUGAGAGAAACUGAGGCGCGAUUUCAGCCAUCAUAGCACGAUCUCUCAAUCUCGACGUCGCAGAGAAGGAUUCCCACGCACGCUGUUACCACGGAUUUGAGAGACAAGAUGGGCCUACGGGCAUUGUCACCUGACAGGAGAAAGGGAAGGCACAAGUACAAGCAGAGGUCGAGCUAUUGUCACGAAAACAGGAUGCAGGACCCCGUGACGGAUCAAUGAGGACCUGCGAUCUUGAGGUGGUGCGGAGGAAGAGCUGAUGGCGACGCUGGUGUAGCUGCACACACCCUGUCUUCUAUGUAUCUCACUUGUGAUCACAACCGAGGAGGUCGGUGAUCACGGAGGAAGUGUUGACUUGUGAUCGGACAUGUACAUGGGGAGGAUGGCUGAUCAUAAUAUCCAACUUGGUUCAUUGUCUACCAUCUGCCAGAUCACAUGAGUUUUGGGCUGUUUUACGGAACAACAUUAGUCCGCCAAGCCGCAACCUCACUCUGCAGUCACUGCCUCGAAUUAUUGCCUCGAACGAAAAAUCAGAAUGGCUUGGAACAAUA